AUGAUCAACCCUCAGAUAAACCUCCACUACAACUACACGGGGAAGCUGGAGCACCGGCCCAGCUUCGAUGCAAGCCCGGGCACCGUGGACGCCAAAACCAUCGUGUUCCUGGUCAUUUGCAGCUUCAUCGUCCUGGAGAACCUCACCGUGCUGGUGGCCAUAUGGAGUAACCAGAGGUUCCACAACCGCAUGUACUACUUCAUCGGCAACCUGGCCCUGUGCGACAUGCUGGCUGGUGUCGCUUACCUGGUGAACCUGCUGCUGUCUGGAGAGAAGACCCUGCAGCUCUCGCCCGCCCUGUGGUUCGUCAGGGAGGGCAGCAUGUUCGUGGCACUGGGUGCAUCCAUCUUCAGCCUCUUGGCCAUCGCUAUAGAGAGACACCUGACUAUGAUUAAAAUGAGGCCGUAUGACGCCAACAAGAACUACAGAGUGUUUCUGCUCAUAGGGACCUGCUGGCUGAUUGCCAUAACUCUGGGAGCGUUGCCCAUUCUGGGCUGGAACUGCCUGGACAACCUCCCCGACUGCUCCACAGUCCUCCCUCUCUACUCCAAGAAAUAUGUCGCUUUCUGCAUCACCGUCUACAUGGUGUUGCUCUUGGCCAUGUCAGUGCUUUAUGCCCGGAUCUAUAUCCUGGUGAAGUCCAGCAGCCGAAAGGUGAGCAGGAACAGCAACUCGGAGCACGCCAUGUCGCUGCUGCGCACUGUCAUCAUCGUGGUUGGGGUCUUCAUCGCCUGUUGGACGCCCAUCUUCAUCCUGCUCCUGGUGGAUGUGGCGUGCGAGAAGCGCUGCCCCAUCCUCUACAAGGCCGACUGGUUCAUCGCGGUGGCUGUGAUCAACUCGGCCAUGAACCCGGUUAUUUACACUCUGGCCAGCCGAGAGAUGAGACGGGCCUUCCUUGGCCUGGUGUGUGGCGUGUGCUACAGGAAGCAGGCGUCCGCGAACGGCAGCGGGAACAGGCAGUCGCUGGAGCCCAGCCACAGCAGGAGCAAGUCGUGGAGCAGCCAGAACAACCCCAACCAGAACCAGCCGGGCUCCCGACAGACGGAGGCGGAGAAGGAGCAGGAGACAGACGGGGCCCACGGCACGGUCUCAGUGGUGGCAGGAGGGGCCACCCAGGCUGUCCACUAG